CACCCUUUCCCGUUUCAACUUGUCUGAACUUGCACUGUUUCUGCAUUGCCGUAUGCAGCCAUUGCACGUUUUGACUCUCUGGCAAGCUCACUCCUGUUCUACUUGUUGUCACUGAAUCACUGAAACUGAGUCACUGUGACCAUGGACGUUGUUUGUGUUCCCGUUCCCCGUUUCUCCCUGGGCGACGUCUGCUCCGCAGUAAACUCCAUAAUGACUCGCGAGUUUAAGCUUGAAUCAGAGUCUGAUCUGUCUCCAUCAGAUAUGGACGAAAGCGUUUGCAGUGCUCAAGAGGAACUCACAGCAUCCUGCCAGGACACUCCAGACACUGAGAGUGAAUCGUCAUCACUGGAAUCCGAGUUUUCAGUAGCAUCUUCAGCGUCACAUUGUCCAACUUUACCUGAAAUUUCUUCUGGACCAGAAGAUAUUUAUGAAGCUGCCAACCUUGCCUUUGCAACAGCUAAGCAGAGCAGAUGCAUUAGAUGCCAUAACGUUAAAAGCUCCCCUUUUCUCUAUUGUCGUGGGUGUCACAAGGACCGCAAACGAUUUUUUCCGCCUUGUCCAAGAAGAAAAAAAAAAGUUAUUGGAAAAUUGAACAGUUCUAUCAAAAGUUCAGAACCCAAUUCCUCACAAUCUACAUCUGAUGAAAUGAAGCCUGAUGAAACCUCUGUGAGGCCAACUGUUUGUGGAUGUUGCAUGGAUGCUCCAUGCAAUGGCAUAUUUGUCCAUGGAGAUGUAGGUCACCAGAUUUACUGCUAUAGAUGUUCUCACCGGCUUUGGCUAGAAAGAAAAUUAUGUCCUUACUGCAAUAGAAGUAUUUCAAAAGUUGUUAAACUUUUUCAAGUUGUGUAGAAUUAACUUACCAGGGGAUAAUUUAAAAUGUAAAUAAUGCAGAAAUCACUAAGCAUGACUUGAGGUUGGUCAUUUAAUUCAUUUUAUUCCUAUCUACAAAUUCAUUUAAAGAGAGAAGACAUGAGACUAAUAUAGUCAUAAUUUUUAAAAUCUUAGUCAAAAUAAAGUUACUGUAACUAUUUUUUCA